AUGGCGAAGGAAGAAGCAACAACGAAGAAGACAGAAGCAAAAGAAGAAGGCGCAGCAGCGUCAAAACACAAAUCCGUCGUUUAUGGAGAUCACAGAAGAAGAAAAAUAAAACCCUGUUUGCUUGUCUUUGGUGUCGUUGUGGUAAUACUAGUGAUCGGUGGCAUAUUCUUCGCAGUUAACAAACCGAAAGAUCCACGGUUCACGCUUGACGAUCUCUGCAUCGAUCCCGUCUCAAACUCAAGUGUGCUCGCGAAACUCAGUUCGAGAAACCCAAACCCAAAGAGCGGUAUCAACUACAGCAAGGUCAGUGUAUACGUGCGGAUCCAAGAAGGCUUCGAGUCUCAGUUCGAGACAGAGAGGGUUGAUUUGGAGAGCAAGUAUCAAGAGCCAGGUGAAGUUACCACGUGGACUGCUGUCGUAGCAAGCAAUAAUGACAACAACGAUAAGCGUCAUGGGACUUUUCAGAACAGAAUCGGUGUGGUCAACGGUGUUGUAGCUGCAGAUUUUUCGUUAAAAUGGAAGAGCUGGAUCUUCACAAAGCGUUUGCACGUAAGGUGUCCAGUUAUGAUCAACUUGAAAGACUUGACCUCGUCAGUUCCCAAACCAAUGUCUUCUUGCUCAACUUAUUAA